GGUAACCUGUCUGACCAAACAGAAAGGAAACAUGCUGAGAAAAAUGUUCAGGGUUGCAUUGGCUGCAACAUCCACAGUUCUCUUUAUUCCCUAUGCUAUAGCUUUUGUUGCAGAGCUGAUAUAUGGCAAGCCAUCAAAGUCACAUAACAGGUUUCUAAGAGCUUUAAACCCAAAGAGAGUUUAUGCUUUCAACUAUUCACUAAUUCGUGAACUUAAGUACUUCAAAUACAUCAAGUUGUAUUUUGCUUGGACUGAUUUCUACAGGAAUGAAACCAUAGAUAGGCUCAUAAAAGAUAUAGAAUAUGGUCAAAACAGAAAUUCAUUAGAUGUUUACAAAGGGAGAUCACGAUACACUUCAACCAACAACACUGAACCACUGAAACCAGUGAUAAUAUAUCUGUAUGGGGGUGGUUGGAGUAGCGGGGACAAAAAUAUUUAUGGCCUGCUCUGCUCCAACCUGGCCAGCCUCUUCAACUGCAUUGUUGUCUGCCCCAACUACACAUUGUAUCCCAGGGGUUUCGUUGAUGACAUGGUGCAAGAUGUCAGUGAUGUGCUGCAGUGGGUUCAAAACAAUGCAAUUAUCUAUGGUGGAGAUAAAAAUCGGGUGGUAAUGAUUGGUCACUCAGCUGGUGUCCACUUGGCCACACUCACCAUUGGAGAACUUUGCAGGAAGUACCUGGACAACAAUCCUGAAUACCUCGAAGAGACCAACUUUCCUACGGUCCAUGGUCUGGCCGGUGUGUAUGACAUUAAAGAACAUUACGAAUAUCAGACGCUGAACGGAAUAGAGAACUUCUCCAACAUGUCACGAGUUAUGUACGACAAUCUUCAACAGUUCCACAUUUUUUCUCCCAUCCUUGUUCUCAGCAGUCUUCCUGAACAUGUCAGGUUGCCACCGAUGCAUUUGUACCACGGCACUUGUGAUAACACUGUUCCCGUAAAUUCGUCUCUCAAUUUCGGAGCUGCUCUCUCGCUGAGGAAGGAUAAGACGGUUCAGGUUCGACUUUUGAAUGGCUGCGACCAUGUUGACAUCAUGAUGGAUUUAAUGGAGAGGGAGAGAGUCUGGUUUGGCACCAUGAUGAUGGAAAUUAAGAAGGGACUCGAUAAAUAUUUAUAA